AUGAGGAGCUCUGUGCACAUGCCAGCCACGGUAGAGGCGCUGCUGGGCCACCCGGUGGCGGCCCUGUCGGAGAAGCCAGCGCCGCGGCUGACGCAGCUGCUGGUGAACGUCACGGUGGAGCAGAGCCUGUGGCCAGUGCACGUGCUGCUGGCCGCCGAUGCCACCGUGGCCGACCUUGCGGGCGCCGCCGUCGCGCCUAUGCAGGCCAAAAAUAGCAGGCCGCCGCUCCCAGCCGAUGACGGCGCCACCGUCGUGGCCGCGCGGUUCCAGCUGCACCUCUCCAAGUACGCACUCGAUGCUCUGGACCCGGAGACCAAGGUGCUCGACCCAGAGACCAACAGGGGAUCGCAGAGAUCAGACCAUCAUCUACUUCUUCACUCAGCACUGCCAUGUCUUGAUGUCUGA